AUGGAUUUCAACGACUUGAAGAGCACCGUCUCCAACCUGACCUUGUAUGACCUCAAGGCGGGUUUCCGCAAAGCCCAAAAUGCGGUCAUGAACUACACCGAAAUGGAGGCAAAGGUGCGAGAGGCGACCAACAACGAGCCAUGGGGCGCUUCAUCGACAUUGAUGCAGGAAAUCGCCAACGGCACGUUCAGCUACCAAACACUCAACGAAAUCAUGCCCAUGAUCUACCGCCGCUUCACCGAGAAAUCCGCCGAGGAGUGGAGGCAAAUCUACAAGGCCUUGCAGCUGCUCGAGUUCCUGAUCAAGCACGGCUCGGAGAGAGUGAUUGACGACGCCCGCGGUCACAUCACCCUCCUCAAGAUGCUGCGGCAGUUCCACUUUAUCGAUCAGAAUGGCAAGGACCAGGGCAUCAACGUGCGAAACCGGGCAAAGGAGCUGGCCGAGCUGUUGGGCGACGUCGACCGCAUUCGAUCCGAGCGGAAGAAGGCGCGGGCCACCAAGAACAAGUACACCGGCGUCGAAGGCGGGCCGACUUUUGGCGGGGGCUUUUCGGGCGGGAGCAGCAGCAGCAGGUACGGCGGAUUCGGGAACGAGUCGGCAGGCUACGGCGGCUUCUCCGGCGGCGUAUACGGCGACGGCGGCGGUUUCGGCGGCGAAACCGACGGCUACCGCGAGCCCGGCGGCGGCCGAUCCGAAGCGUUUGAAGAGUACGACGAGUUUGACGAAAGCGACCGCCCGUCGGGGUCUUCGAGGACUGCUCGCCGGACCGAGCGAGCUGCAGCCAAGAAGCCUGCUGCGGAGCCGGCCAAGAAGAAGGAGCCCGAGGUCGACUUGUUCUCCUUUGACGAGCCUGUCCAGGCGUCCGCUCCGGCGGCCACGCAGAGUUCUGGCUCUGGCUCGGGUUCUGGCCUGGCUGGCCUUGCUGGACGCUCUGGCAGUCACCACGCCGCGCCCGCCGCCGCCGACGACGACGACGACGAAUUUGACGAGUUCCAAUCCGCAGCACCGUCGACCCAAACAGCGGCCCAGGCCCUAGCCGCUCCGCUCACCUCGACUGCUUCCUCCACGGCCCAGUUUGCGGCGCCAAAGCCAGUCUCGGCUCCCCGAACCGCCAACCUGAGCCAACUGGUCAGCACGUCCUCCUCCAUCUCGCCCGCGCCCAGCUCCAACGUGAGCUCGGGAGCCAACUACUCUGCGUUUGCGGCCCCUGCCGCCCAGCAACCGCCGCAGCCAGCCAAGCCAGCCAAGCCAGCUGGCUUCCAGCCCUCCGGCCCCAACUACUUUGGCGGAAUCCAGGCGCAGGCAUCCAAGGCGACACCGCCUGGUUUCGCAGCCAUGUCGAGCGCGUCCUCCAGCGGCCCGUCGACCAUGGCCAACAUGAAACCCGUGACGAGCCCCGGCUCCAAAACCGCCCCAGCCGCUGCGGGCGGCGACGCUUUCGGCGCGCUGUGGGGCAAGGCUAGCGUCGGCAUCAAGAAGGCGGACAAGUCUACUGGCGGCCCUGCCAUGGGUCAGCUCGCCAAGGAGAAGAGCAGCGCCGGCAUCUGGGGCGCGCCGGCCGCCCAGUCGAGCCAUGGUGGCGGCGGUGCCUCGACCGGGAACGAUGGAUCUGCAUCCGGCGAUCUCCUCGGUUAG